AUGCGCAGUACGUGUGCGGUCUGUGUGCAGCAUGUGCGCUGGUUCCAGUUGCGUGACGGGGAAGUGACUCUUCAGCCAGAGGAGCCGGGCAUCGCUCGGCUCGAAGCAGGGCUCCGUUGCCUUGAGGUGGUGCCAUGCCUUUCUUCCAAGUAUGCGCCAGAUCUCAAGCUCCCUGGAAUAAGAUCAGAUGUAAGCUCUUCUCCAUCCACCACCUCAGCAACUACGGGACCACCUCCCAAGCUUUGUCUUGUUUGCUCCGAUGAGGCCUCUGGGUGCCAUUACGGUGUUCUUACUUGUGGCAGCUGCAAAGUGUUCUUCAAAAGAGCUGUGGAAGGGCAGCACAACUAUCUGUGCGCUGGGAGAAACGAUUGCAUUAUUGACAAAAUUCGGAGGAAAAACUGUCCAGCAUGCCGCUACCGGAAAUGUCUUCAAGCUGGCAUGAACCUCGAAGCUCGAAAAACAAAGAAGAAGAUAAAAGGAAUUCAGCAGACGAACGUGCCGGGAACGCGGGAUGUUUCUGAAACCCCUGGAAACAAGAGCAUCGUUCCUGCGUCCCUGCCGCAGCUGACCCCGACCCUGGUUUCGCUGCUGGAGGUGAUCGAGCCGGAGGUGCUGUACUCGGGCUACGACAGCACGGUGCCCGACUCCAGCUGGCGGAUCAUGUCGACUCUCAACAUGCUGGGAGGGCGGCAGGUAGUGGCUGCAGUGAAGUGGGCAAAGGCAAUACCAGGUUUCCGAAAUUUACAUCUGGAUGACCAAAUGACCCUUCUGCAGUACUCCUGGAUGUUCCUAAUGGCGUUUGCUUUGGGAUGGAGAUCAUACAGACAAUCAAAUGGAAGUCUCCUGUGCUUUGCACCAGACCUGGUUAUGAACGAGCAGAGAAUGAAUCUACCCUGUAUGUAUGAGCAAUGCAAACAUAUGCUUAUGGUUGCCCGAGAGCUAUCGCGGCUUCAAGUCUCAUAUGAAGAGUAUCUCUGCAUGAAAACGUUGCUUCUCCUUUCUACAG